AUGGAUGAUUUUGCAAUUGAUGAAAUAGACAUUUUGGAUGGAGAUGAAUCUGAAAAUUUGUUGGUACAUGAAGUAUUCAAUUUGCCGGUAGAUGAAGCAGAGAAGUGUAAUGGAAGUGAGACCUCAAAUGAUGUUGGUUUUGAGCCUCACGAAGGGAUGGAGUUCUCUAGUAAAGAAGCUGCAUAUGACUUCUACAAUGCGUAUGGAUAUGUGCUUGGGUUCAGUAUUGGUGUGAAUAGUGGUUACAAGAAUGCACAAGGUACCAUCACUUCAAUGAGAUUGGUUUGUAGUAAACAAGGGUUUAACAAGCAACACAAAUGUCAAUUGGAAGAGCCAUUUGAGGUGGCUGAGAGACCAAACUCAGGAACACCUGAAAAGUCAGUACCAGAAAGAAGAACUGGUUGUAAGGCUUCAUUUCAUGUUAGACUACAUGAAGGUGGAAAUUGGAAGGUAACAGGCUUCCACAAAGACCAUAAUCAUGAGUUUGUUGGUAGUACUCCAUCAAAAAAACGACAUCUUCGUUCUCACAAGACAAUUACAGCUAAGGAAAAGGCAGAUAUCAAGUUGUUAAGUGAGCAAAAUGUAUGUGCUACUCAAAUAAGAGAGUAUCUUGCAGCAAAGGCCGACGGUAAAGCAAACCUUCAUUAUGGUAAGAAAGAUGUUAACAAUCAGAUUUCAAAGGAGAAUAGAAGCUUAGUCGGGGUGGAUGUCAAUGCAAUGGUAGAUUACUUUAUACUAAGGCAACAAGGUGAUCCUGAGUUUUUCUUUGCUAUAGAACCCGAUGAAGACAAUUUUGCUAAAAAUAUUUUUUGGGUUGAUGGACGAUCAAGAAGGGCAUAUAAAGACUUAGGGGAUGUCACAACAUUUGAUACAACAUAUAACACCAACCAGUAUAGCAUGCCUAUGGCACCUUUCCUUGGUGUCAGUCCUCAUUGA